UUAGGGGUGACUCAUGGCUGCCUCCUCGGCGGUAACACGCCUGUAAAAUAAAUUGCAUUGAAUAAAACCACAACCUAUGUCAUCCAAAAUAAUGUAGCUAUGAAUAUUACGAAGAUUAAAUCAGUAUGUAGGUGUCACAUUGAAGCUCUUGUCGUGAAGACUCAAAAUAACCAUAACAGGUAAGACCAUUCACAUAGCUAGCUACCCCCAUUCAUAGACUAACUGCUUUAGCGCCUAUUGACGAUAGUAUCUUCUGACAGGGGGUGUUUUGUUAAGAGCCACGACGCUUGCUCUAAACAUUAACACGCAUCGCUUGCGGGACGUUUUUGGAAACAUAAGGAACGCAUCUUUCAUAUCAUCUUUCAUAAUUUUCUAAAAACCAAAUGUUAAAUUGCUACACACCUUUUAUAGGGUUAGUAUUCCCACAGCCAUAUCUCCAUGUUAUGCUUGUUUACAGAAGCCAGACAUAGGCGACCACCUUUGCUAAUUAGCUAUCUAGCGUGCUCGAACACCUGUGUGUAACGUUAAGCAUACCUGGUGAAGAAGUGUAGCUAGUUCAUCAACUGGAGGCACACUGCUGGUGGAUCUGUGCAAAACUGCUACAGGGGGGAGAUGUCAUUGGCGUACCUUCGACUGUGUGCCCGACACAGGUUAGCACCUGGAGCUCAGGGAUAUGCGACCCACACCAGUGCCCCCAGGUCUCGGGAGCUAAAGGAUGAGGGUCCAGUGUUUCAGUAUGUAGGGAAGCAGCGAAAGCCCAACCACAAGGUGUUCGUAUGGGGGUUUAGCUACACUGGAGCUCUGGGCAUCCCCAGCUUUGUGGUUCCAGACAGUGGCAGGAAAAAGCCUAGGAAAUACCAGCUCACUCCUUACCGUCUGGAGACAGAGCAGCAGAUCUCCUCUGCAGCCUGUGGGUAUGGCUUUACCCUCCUCUCCUCUUCCACCAAGGACCUCACCAAGGUGUGGGGCAUGGGCCUCAACAGAGACUCACAGCUGGGCUUCCAACGCACCCAGCAAGACCGCCAUAAGAGCUAUGACUAUGUGCUGGAGCCCUCCCCUUUGCCUCUCCCCCUGGCCAGACCCCAGCAGACCAGGGUAGUGCAGGUGGCAUGUGGCCGUGCCCACUCCCUGGUGCUCACCGACUCAGAGGGAGUGUUCAGUCUGGGGAACAAUGCCUAUGGCCAGUGUGGGAGGAAGAUGGUUGAAGAUGAAAUCUACAGUGCCAGUCACAUCAUUCACAAGAUGGAAGGCUUUGACAGCCCAGUGACUCAGGUGGUGUGUGGGCAGGACCACAGUCUGUUCCUGACUGAGACAGGCAAGGUGUAUGCCUGUGGCUGGGGGGCAGAUGGACAGACAGGUCUGGGCCACCACAACAUGUGUGCCAGGCCGGUGGCUGUAGGAGGGGACCUGGCUGGGGUUAGGGUGCAGCAGGUGACCACCUACGGAGACUGCAGCAUGGCCGUGUCCCAGGACGGCCAGCUCUAUGGCUGGGGAAACUCUGAGUACCUCCAACUCUCCUCGGUCACUGAGGCCACCCAGAUAAACUCCCCCCGUCUCCUUCCUUUUGAAGGGGUGGGCAAAGUGACCCAGGUGGCCUGUGGAGGCACACAGGUGGCCAUUCUGAACGAGAGAGGGGAGGUGUUUGUAUGGGGCUACGGCAUUCUUGGAAAGGGCCCUAAUCUCUCUGAAUCCCAAACCCCUGAGCUGGUCCCUCCUACACUGUUCGGCCGCUCAGAGUUUAACCCUGCGGUGACCGUGAGCCGCAUCCAUUGUGGACUGAAUCAUUUCGCUGCUGUCACAGAUCGUGGGGAGCUCUUCGUUUGGGGGAAGAAUGUGAGAGGAUGUCUUGGUAUUGGAAAGAAAGAGGACCAGUACUUCCCAUGGCGGGUGACUGUGCCAGGUCAUGUGGUGGAUGUAGCGUGUGGGGUGGACCACAUGGUGGCACUGGUCAAGUCUGUCAUCUGAGCGUCCCCAGCCGGCAGAGCCAUUACGCCCUUCUCUUCCCCGUGACCCUCCCACCUCCCCCUCUUAUCACUGAGGGUUAUCCGACCCUGUUCAGCCGCCCUGUUAGCCUCACCUCCUCUGGCCGCCAGAACCCCAGAGCCCCAGAGCCAGCUGUCCUCCAUGGGUGGUAGAGAUCCUCCGGUCCCAGCGAUCUGGUGACUGAGUCCGCCAUUGAAAGCUUCAGUCUGCUCCCUGUGUCUCUGGCUAGCACGGUUGGGAUAACAUGGAGGCUGGGUUCACAGGCAACAGUCACUGCAGCACUCCAUUAAUCUCUAUACUAGUCAUUGGGCACCCUUGUUGGAUGAUGUGGAGAUCAGUGGAGCAGAAUUUGCUGGCUCAAGGCUGAUGCGGUGGAACCAUGGAUUUUUUUCUUCCUGCAGAAAAGUGCUGAAACUUGACUGUCAGACCUCCAGAACAAUGGCCUUUUGGCAUUUUACCUUCACUGUUGAUUUUUGAUUUUUUUUAUACGCUGAACAAAAAUAUAAACGUAAAGUGUUGGUCCCAUGUUUCAUGAACUGAAAUAAAAGAGCCCAGAAAAUGUCCAUA